GGCUUCUUCCGUACGGGUGGAAUUCUUGUGAAUAUAUGCAUAUGUGGACCUGAAAAGGAUAAAUGCAUUAACUCGUCGCGUGCUCGACUUAUCAAACCUCCCCUGGGCAGACCUAGGGCAGAUCUACACAAGCCACUUGAAUCAACGGCAUAUGCAGGGCCUGCCUGUUGUUAUUGUUGUUGCGGGAUGGCGUUUUCUUGCGCCCUUGCAGACGAGAGGGCGCUAGGAGUGUCUAAUUUUCAUGCGAAUGAGCUGAUCAACAUUGUUUGCACGAAAUCUCGAUGUCAAGAGCGUAUUCAGGCCACUUGUGCGUAUCGUAGGAGAUGAGUUGGUGGGACCGCUGUUGUUGGGCAGGAGAAGCCAAUAAGGCAGCAAACUCUCAGGGAGUUGCCCUAUAAUAACAGUGUCACACAUGUACAUCUUGUAGUAGCAUUCACUCGAGCUUGAACCUGAGUUGUUAAUGCGGAAUGCCAGAGGUCUAUGAUCCGCGACCGAAAGUCAACUCUGGGGUCUGGUGCCUCACCAUCGUGGCCACUCUUUUUCUGGGACUGCGGAUAUGGUGCAGGUUGAUUCGUAACCGCGGACUGUGGUGGGAUGACUACUUCUUCAUCAUCGCUUGGGUUCUUUUGAUGGUCACGGCGGGUUUGAUCUCCACGAUGCUCGAAAAGGGUUACGGAAGAAGACUUCCGAUAACCACGAUGGCAAAGCUGGCUUACAAUCUUUCCCUGACCUUCAACUACCUCUGCGCGGGGUUUGCCAAGACGGCAUUCGCUUUGACCCUGCUUCGCAUCAUCCAGGGCCGGCUGCGAUACCUUAUCUGGGUCAUCGUUGCGUCCGUCGACAUGUUCUAUGUCAUUAGCGCGAUUGUAAUUUGGGCCCCGAUAUGCAACGAAAUGGGUCUUGUCCUCCCGGGGCGUUGCUGGGCGCCGAUUACGGUGCCCAUGUUGGCGAUGGCCUGUGGAUCGUACUCGGCCCUCCUAGACGUCGUACUCGCGUUUGUCCCCUGCAAACUGGUCUGGAGGACGCAAAUGAAGAAGAAAGAGCGGCUUGGCGUCCUCAUCGCAAUGUCACUCGGUGUAUUCCUAACUGGAUAUUCUCUUAAUCACGGUUUUCCAGACGCGAUCGCGGGCUCGUUCCUUCCCGCACAAGGAGAACCGGCCGUGACCAUUAUCGCCGCCUCCAUCCCGGUCCUCCGCGUCUUGGUCCGUGACUUGCACAAACAGCAACCGACCCGGAGCUGCCCAAAUGUGCCGGUCAGAACAAGCCGCAGGAGUACCAACAUUAACAAGGCCGCGUCGUGGUCCAAGACUUCGGAGGAGGGACUGGUGGACUUGCCGGCGUUUCGAUCAGAAGCGCGUGGUAUCGAGCUGCGAGACAGCAACAAAAACCACGUGCCCAAUGGAAUAAUUUUACAGACCGUUCAUGUUGAUGUACAGUACCAUUCUAACCCGUUGGAUAGAAGUGGGCGUAAUGUGAAUUGAGCUGGGAUGCGUGUGGAAGGGGGGAGAACUGAAUCUCGUUGUAGCCAGAUUGCUGGCGUACAUGAGAAGGAUAGAUUUCCUUCAAGAGUAGUUCCAGGUCCAUAUAGAAAUAGAUGA